UUGACAUUUUGCAGAAAAUUUAAAGCUUGUAAAAGCCGUUUUAUGCGCGGGUUUGUAUCCAAAUGUUGCCAGUAUACAGCAUCAUCCAUCAUUUAAGAGGUAGGCAAUAAAAUUCAUGUUGUUCGCAGCCUCUUAAGGGGGCAGUUUGGAGAGAACGGAAGUGUUCACCUAAUAACAACAAAGAUCCACUUUAAAUAUGCACACUUUUAUUUGUCAAAUUUGUUACAUAAAAUCAGUUACAGACUGGUUUUUGGAAGGAUUUAGACUGAGACUGUAAAAGAGCCUGGGCGGGUCAAGGUUUUAUUACUUUGCCUGUGGGUUUUUGGGAAGAAUCAGUGGAACAUUGAUGUCCCUUCAUUGACCAGUUACGGUAUCGGCGAGUAUACUUUGAUGAUGUGAGCGUAGUUUCCAUAAAAACGUCCAAGAAUUUUCAAGAUUCCACUCUUAAAUUUCGCAACCGUGAUUUUUGUUUAGCGGGAGGGGAGGGCAGUAUCAGAGACUAUGGGGACGUCAUAUUCAAACGCCGGUUUUCAUGGCACAGCUUUGUCGAAUGCAACGUUCUUAUGAUAAGCCGACGACACAAAUCUUAAUCCGGUAAAACCUAUAACCCUUUUCAAUGUACACAAAAAUUACAAAUAAAAAUACGUUUAUCUUUGCCAUCGUCGCAAAAUGGAAGUCAAAAAAGUUGUUUGUUUGUUUUCCACCUGCAGGCCUCCUAAACUUCGAACACAGGAAGAUGGCUUGGUGUAUCUUCACCCCAAGUCAGUGAAUGUUGACGUUAAAGUGUUUGAGGACAACUGGUUAAUUUAUCACGAAAAAAUGAAGUCAUCCUCGGUAAUAAAACAAACCUAAUUGCAUUUUUAAAACUAAGAAAACAGCUAUUCCGCUGCUUGUUUUGUUUUAAAUCUAACACAAUGGAAUAGACCUUUUCCGAGUUCCCGCGGGCCUCUGUAUCAAAACGAGGUUAAGUGCUCAGCCUUUGACAUGGAAAAUAAUGCAUGGUUUUUCAUUCUCAUGUAAAUAAAACUCAUUUUCACAAGAAAGGUUGUGCACUUGGCCUCAUUUUCAAAGUGAUUGUCUUUGGUACUCGGAAGUGACCUAUUGGAGUUUGGUGCGCCUGUCACGUGUCAGCUUGAAGAGCUUUCCGAGUUCUAAUUGGUCCAGACGAUUUCACUCGCUUGGUCCAGACUACAUGUAUUUAUUCUGUGUCUUAACACCCGUUUUCUUGUACCCUGCGAGCAGCGGUCUCUUCAGGCCGGAGAAACCACUGCUCGUAAGGUAAUUUUCUUGUGACUUAAAUCUUAAAACUUGUUUGUAUCAUAAAAGGUGGCUUUGUGCUCGUUUAAUCUAAUCUAAGGGAGUACACAGUAUUUUGGAAGAUUCUGUUGGGCUUUGUAUAUUUUACAUCACACUUUCGAGAAACAGCUGACCGAUAUUCUGAAAAGUUUACUAAUAUACAAUCCGUUGUAAUCUUAUCUUCUCCCACUCAAAUGGCUUGAGUAAAUGAUAUAUUUUUACCCUCGUUAAAAAAAACGGUCUGUUUAUUUGUUGCAGUUAUUCCUGUACGACAGCACCAUGAUCGCUCCCUUUCCUUUGUUAUUCUUUGGUGGUGAUAUUUCUGUGUUUAUGGAAGAAGGCUAUGAAACUGUGGCCGUAGACGACUUCAUUAAGUUCAAAUCUCCCACAAGAAUCGCUAAUUUGGUUAAGGUUUGUGUUGUUUUUAGGAUAUCGCCAAACAAAGUUAACUAUUGAACGAUGACUUACGGACUAUUUCAUACAUGCCAUAAAGAACGUAUUACUGAAUUAUCGGCAUUAUUGUGAGUAAAAGGUGGUAGACUCAGGGGGUUAUGUCGCAGGGAAACUCUCUGUGUACGCUUGUAUCUUUUAAUUCGUGCGGCACAAAAUUUGACGCGACAUUGUCACCACGAUAAGUCGCGCGAAAUUUCAUGACGAAAUUUCAUGAGUCAGUGACUCAGGCGGCGUGGAAGAAAAAAAUCCCAGGAAUAUUGCAGGUGAAGAUCAUUAAAAGUGCGCCAUGAACCUUCGCGUGCACGUUGUGCAACAUGUACCAUAACCAAAAUCAAAACUGAGUUAGCCAGGCGGGUCUCUUGUUCGUACAUUGAGGAAAGCCUCCGCUACACUUUCUUGUUACACGUCCCUGAGCGAGUACUGCUUGUGAUUUUGCUCCCGCUACACCUCACUGUAUGAUGUCCCUUUUUAUGUCCGGGCUCUUGUAUCCCGUAUUUCCCGUUGGAACUAACGGCCAUCAAGAGAAAUUUUUCUCCUCUAACCAACUUGCUACUUCCGAAUUUCCGACUUCUGGUCUUAUAUUUCACAAUUGUGAUUAGCCGUGUACAAAAAAAAUGCAUUUCCCCUGCGUAAGACGCGAAUGAGAAAUGCGAGGCACAAAUUCAUGUACUGAACCGGGUACCAGCGAGGGGUAAGACGAGCGUGAGUGGCCGAACUACCUCUCUCCUCGCGCGUUUCCUCCUUCCUCUCGUGCAUCGCUUAUCUCACACCCCGUGUCUUUUAGUGACUACUACGCAGGUUACCAUACAUAAUGCACAAAUGGAUGGCUAACAAACCGAGCCUGAAUAGUCUAGCGGCCGAAAGGACGUGUAUAAACAGUAUGGAAUGAACUUUCUUUAUAGGAGCUGAGAGUUGAACUUGACAAACUGCUGAGACAAAAGAUAGCCCAACCCAAAAUGAAGCUGAGCGCGGGGCCUGGGACUGGUGACAAGGAAAGUGCUCUUCUGCGUGCCAUCAUCGAUCUGAUUACUAGCGAGGAGAAUACAAACUGG